AUGGGGGUGUGAGGGAAAGGAAGAUCGGGCUGCCCUUGGUGGUGCCUGAGCCGGGAUGGAGCCUACUCGGGGUUGCCCGUUUAUGGAGGACAGCUUCACCCGCUUCUCCUCCCAAAGCAACGUCUAUGGGCUGGCUGCGCUGCCGGGGGCGGCUCGGGGGGGCGGGCGAGGGCAGGAGAGCCCCUCGGGGGCGGGGCAGGGGCAAGAGGACUUUGACGGCCCGGGGGGGCUUCUGGCUGCCACCUUGAAGGGGAAGGUGAUUUAUUUCCGCUACCAAGACAUGCGGCAGAAGCUGCGUCCCGUGGCCAGAGAGCUGCAGUUCACCUAUAUCCCAGUGGAUGCCGAGAUCGUUUCUAUUGACACUUUCAACAAGUCGCCUCCCAAAAGGGGCCUGGUGGUGGGGAUUACCUUCAUUAAGGAUUCUGGAGACAAAGCCAGCCCCUUCCUUAACAUUUACUGCGACUACGAACCAGGCUCGGAAUAUAACCUAGAUUCUAUUGCACAGAGCUGCUUGAAUCUGGAGUUGCAGUUUACCCCUUUCCAGCUUUAUCAUGCAGAAGUUCAGGUUGCUGACCAGCCAGAGACAGUCUUCCUUCUGAGUGGUAAUGAUCCUGCUAUCCACCUGUACAAAGAGAAUGAAGAGCUGCACCAGUUUGAGGAGCAGCCGGUGGAGAACCUCUUUCCUGAACUCAAGGAGCUGCCAAGCAAUGUGCUCUGGCUGGAUGUGUAUAACAUUCCAAACUCGGGGCAACGCAUCACCGCCUUUGGCUGCCAGAGUGGCUACAUCCGAGUUGCCCACGUUGAGCCGGCCAGCAGAGCGGUCCUACAGAGCUGGAGCAUCCAGCAAGACGGCCCCAUCUCCAAAGUCCUAGUAUUUGCUCUGCCGACCCUCUGCCGUCCAGGUAAUCUCUCCGGAACCACGGCUUCGAACGGUAGCCCUGGCACCCCCGCUCACAGCUACAGUGUCCUCGUCACUAGCACUAUUGAACUCUCCGUUGUCUACAGGAACGUGCUGCAGAAUGGCCUCGAGGACCAGCUGGUCUUGCCGCUGAGCGACCAGUACGACAGUGUGCUCUGCGCCCUCGUGACCGACGUCAACUUCGACUGUGAGCCGGAGAUCCUCCUCGGCACGUACGGGCAGGAGCUUUUGUGCUACAAGUACCGGGCUCCGAAUGCCCAAGUCUCAGGCAGCACAGGACCCCAGCCCUGCGGCCAGCAUGACGGGGACUUCCACCUGCUCUGGCAGCGUGCUUUCCCCAGUCCCUUGCUCUCCAUGGAAUACGUCGACCUGACCUGCGACGGGCUGUGUGAACUCGCCGUGGUGUGCCUGAAGGGGCUGCAUAUUCUCCAGCAUAGCCUGAAUCAGGCUGCCCAAUGCCUCUUGGAGCGGCUUCGGCUGAAAGUGGCAAGCCAGAAGGCCAAGGCCGAUAUCUCUCGGCAACUGCAGGAGACCAAGACUGAGGAUGCUGAUGGAAAGGCAUCGAGGGAGUGAUGGAUUUGGUCUGCAAAGAUCAAAAGACCGAUGGAAUUGUCCGUGUCUUCUGGCUUGUUAACUUCAGCCAGGAGAAGCGAUUCGUAGUCUCUGGGUAGCGGCGCCGUUCCGAGGUAUCUUGCCUCUCUGCCAUGGAGUCACCAAGGGAGCAAAGACCAAAUUGAUACCUAUGGUGGGAGUUAGAGGACGGGGUGCACUCAGUAUCCCCAAAUGCCAUUCUUUCGAUGCAUGGCCAGGUGUAGCGGCAGCCAGAGAGGAAAUGGUGGCUUUUGGAUGCAGGCAACAGACUUCAGUCAUGAUGUUUCUUGCCAAUCUUUGCCGUUUUCUUCAUCAGCUCCCAAGGGACUGCUUUGAACGUGGCCUGACCAAAAAACCCUCUGUAAAUAAGAGAAUAAACUUUGUAUUGUGAGCACUGUCUGCUCUCUGUGUCUGUGUGAUGGACAGAAGUCUGGAAUGGGAUGAAGACGACUGUUCCCAAGUUAUUUCAGAAUAUCUCACUUUGCAUUUCCGGCCACACGGCAUUCAAGGCUGCUUGUGUCAACGCUAGCAACACCAUGUUAAAGCAAAUACGAUAAAGCAAACCUCAGUAAGGCAGCUAGAACAUCAUGCAGAGGGGCUCAGAUGCAAGAACUGAGCAGAAGAGCGCUGAGAGACCUUCCUGCCCCUCCUUUCCUAAGCAGACUUACUUGGAUGGGUGCCCCAUUGAUUCUCCUCUCCUGACCCAUGCCUUACCCUUUUCUCUACCACCCUCCCCUACUUACCUGAUGUAGCCAAGUAGGACUCUGCUGUUGCCCCACGUCUAGAAUGGGGAGGAGCCAGAAGGGAGCAUAGGAAGAUGCCUUACACCAAGUCUGAUCAUUGGUCCAUGUAGGCCAGUAUCAUCGACACUGACUGGCAGCAGCUCGCCAGGUUUUCAGGCAAGAUUCUUUCCUAACCCGACCUGGAGAUGCCGAGGGUUGAACCGCCUUCUCCAUACAUAUGGUGUCCUCUGCCACUGAACUGCAGCAAGCAGCACGCUGCCUGGUACAGAGUCAAAUUAUUGAUCCUUCUAACCCAGUGUUGUCGACACGGACUGGCAGUGGCUCUCCGCAAAGGUUCUCCCCUGACCCUACCUGGAGGAUGAAUUUGAGACCUUCUGCAUGCAAAGCGUGUGCUUGAUAACUGCUGAGCCAAGGCCCAGGCCUCUCUAGGGACAGAACAGGAGAAGCAACAGCUGGCUUGUAUCUCAUUUCCUUGGCGCUCCGAAAGGUAAAUGAGGCCUCUCUGGGUUGUGAUUCGGUGACCCUGUUCAGAGCGAGGGCUAAUACCCGAGAGGCUUUUCUCUUUACAUCGCUUCAGUGGCUUAGUCCCGUUCCCCCUGCCCUCCCUGGGAAGAAUUCUGACUUGGGCAUUCAGCUGGUGUUUGAAGUGGGAGAAGAAGCCAGCUGCGUCCUUUGCUUCCACCCCCACCCCCCAAUGCCGGAUGAACAGAUCUGCUUCUUGUGAUGUUAGGCAGGUACAUACUUCCCUGAAUGCAGAAAAAGCUGAUGGUGUAUCCGUUCCAGAGCUGGAUUCUACCGGCAUAUGGGAACAGAUGGCCCAGGAGAGAGGGCACGGAUUAAACCUGAACUGUAACAAU